AUGUCACAUCCAUCCGGAAGUUAUCCAAUCACCGUAUCAAUCGGUAGUGACUUCAUUCUAUCCUGGAAUUAUGAAUUUCACUGUGAUACCAGCAAGCCAAGUAGCGAAAACGAUGUGAGUGAUAAAGAAUCUGAAGGAUAG